AUGGACAGCAGCAGCAGCGUGUGGCUGGGAGCCCCCCUGGAGAAGUUGCCCACCCCGGCGCUGACCCUGGACCAGGCGACGGUGCGGCGUAACGCGGAGUGCAUGCGGGAGCGCUGCCGGGCCCUCGGCCUCCGCCUGCGCCCCCAUGUCAAAACCCACAAGACGCUGCUGCGGCGGGCAGGGGUGCCGUGUCCCCAGGCCAGCAUCGGCUCCACGCCGUCCUGCAGCCACCCGGUGCCGGAGAUGGCCCAGCUCACCGAGCUCCAUCCAGGCAACUACCUCUUCUACGACCUUCAGCAGACCCUCCUGGGUUCCUGUCACCCGGAGGAGGUGGCCAUCCGUGUCCUCACCAGGGUCAUCGGUCACUACCCCCACCGCAACCAGCUGCUGGUGGACUGCGGGUGGGCUGCCCUCAGCCUCCACGGCCGCCAUCAGGCACCUGUGGGCUGCGCCGCCAUCGAGGGGCACCCCCAGCUUAGGCUGGUGGGGCUGACGCAGGAGCACGGGCAGGUGGAAGCCAUCGACGGACGGUUGGAUUUCGAGCGCUUCCCGUUGGGCAGCAUCCUGGCUCUUAUCCCCUUCCAUGCCUGCGCGACUGCUGCCAUGCACCCCGUCUACUACGUCCACGCCGGGGGGAAGGUGGUGGAGCUCUGGCACCCAGUCCGCGGCUGGUAG